AGCCGCUGCUCUAGAUCGCACGGACGAGGCUGUUUGCGACAGCAAUCCAUCCAAGAUGCGGCAGCUCCUGAUCCUGGAAGCGGCUGUUGCCGUCCUGCUGGGAAGCCGCUCAGGUGAGUACCGUUCCCCACACCCAUGCAAAGGAUUUCCGCGCCUUGGUUUGCAAAAAAAAGAAGGGAGGAAGAUUGCCGUGGUGGUGGCCCUGCUGGCCCCAUCCCUAAGCAACAGCCUUGACUCACUUUGAGCCCUGAAUAUAUUUUCCCUACCGAUCAGUAGCCUCACACUCAGCAGCGGCCCCGCGCACAGCCGGCGAGAGCUUUUGAAGGCGUUCACAGCAACGAAAUGUCUCUUUCCUCUUUUUGCUGCAUUAAAUAGUCUUCUGCCCGCCCUGCUUAAAAUCAUCCGCGUGUACCCAGGGUUGCCUUAGUACAGAAAAUGUACACUCGGACAGAAAAGUUGUUGAGCGUUUUCGGCCAAAGUUGUUGAGGUUUUUCUUUUUGCAAAAUCGCUUUAAAAAUUGAGGUUCUUGAGCUCUCUCCCCCCCCCCUCCGAAAUGGUCAAAAUCGCCACUUACCAUACUUUUGGGAUUUCAUGGACAUUUAGGGGAUUUCUGUCCCAGCGUCCAAAUAUAUAGUACAGUGGUACCUUGGGUUAAGAAAUUAAUUGGUUCUGGAGGUCCGUUCUUAACCUGAAACUGUUCUUAACCUGAAGCACCACUUUAGCUAAUGGGGCCUCCUGCUGCUGCCACACGAUUUCUGUUCUCAUCCUGAAGCAAAGUUGUUAACCUGAGGUACAAUUUCUGGGUUAGUGGAGUCUGUAACCUGAAGCGUCUGUAACCCGAGGUACUGUAAUCCGGGAAAUUUCAGACAUACGGCUCUGCUGUUAGAAAUGCAAGGGAAGUUUUUAAUUUGGCGGUGGGGUGCUGCUGAGCCUCAGUCCUCCCACCUCCCCGGUUGAUCCCCUAAACGCUGACCUUUCUGAAAAGUAUUCUGCACACCUGACCACCCUAUGGAUCAUCAUAAGGAUGUGGUGAUAGAACAAGGGGAAAACUAGGCUUUGUUUUGCCCGGGUCAAAGAGCAAAUUUGGCACACACACAUCAUGCGCUUUUGCAUACACACACAGGCAGGAAGGCUUAAUGGCGCUCCUCUGGAGGCGCCACCCAGGGCAAUACCCCCCCCCCAAUAUGGCACUGAUGGUUGAUACCGUUUUUUAUGCUCUUACCUUUUAUUCAAGGGACACGGGUGGCGCUGUGGUGUAAACCACAGAGCCUAGGGCUUGCCGAUUGGAAGGUCUGCAGUUCGAAUCCCCGUGAUGGGGUGAGCUCCUGUUGCUCGGUCCCUGCUCCUGCCCACCUAGCAGUUCAAAAGCACGUCAAAGGAAGUAGAUAAAUAGGUACCACUCUGGCAGGAAAGUAAACAACGUUUCCGUGCGCUGCUUUGGACAUUUGCCCACCUCCAGUCUGUAGUGACCUCACCUGGUCUCCAAGAAUUCUCAAAGAUAAUAGACAAAGGCUCUGAAAUUACAUCCGCAAGCUCCUUUAGUACCCUUGGAUGCAGUUCAUCAGGCCCUGGAGAUUUGAAUUCAUUUCAACUCGCUAGGUGUUCCCUUACUACCUCUUUUCCUGUCUUGGGCUACAGCUCCCUCCUUACAUCAUUUACUCUGUUAUCAGCAGAUUGCGCAUCACGUUCCUUUUGGGUCAAGACAGAGGCAAAGUAGGUGUUGAGUAGUUCCACCUUUUCUCUGUCACCCAAUAACAUUUCUUUGUGUUCCCCACGCAGAGGACCUACCACUUGCUUGUUCUUCCUCUUACUUCAGACACAGCCAAAUAAACCUUUUUUUACUAUUUUUAACCUCUCUUGCAAGCCUGAGUUCAUUCUGAGCUUUAGCCAGCCUGACUUUCCCCCUGCAACUGUUGGCUACCAUGAAGGUCCCUGCCAACUCAACAGUUCUGUGAUUCUGUGACUCGCUAACUUUGCCUGCCAUUCUUCCUUUCCAGGCUUCUCCUUUCACACCAUGCGUGUCUGGUUCACUGCAGUUUGGGAGCCCAGCAGAGGACUUUUCGAGUUCACUGGGGUGGCAUAUGUGGAUGACCAGAGAGUUACUUACUAUGACAGCCAGAGCAGGCAGGCAGUGCCUGGAGUCCCAUGGAUGAAAGAUGCUGUGAAUCAUAUUCCUCAUAUAUGGAAUAUAAACACUUGGAGAGCACAGACUGCUGAACUGAAGUUCCGCAACGAUGUGGAGUACCUGCAAAAGUACUACAACCAAAGUGGAGGUGAGCAGCAUUCAAGAGAGUUCCUUCUGAAAGUUUUGGGAUAAAGGUGCAGUCUUUUAUCCAAAUUAACAGUGUUUUCUUUUUCCUUGCCGGAACUUUUAGCAGAAACAGAGGACUCUUCCUUGUUAGUUUCUGUUUGCCACUAAGCAGUGCUUUGGAGUCACAAGACUCUGUUUACAUUCCAGAGGCCUUCCAGGCUGUUGGAAGUCUCACGGGAGACGGAUGUGACGUUACUGGUUUCCUGUUUCCUUUUUUGUUCCUUUGUUUCAGUUGCUCUCUGCUUUCAUAGAGGAUGUUUCUUUGCUGUCUGCGUAGUAAGAAAUAAAGCAUAGCAUGUAGCCAUAAAUCUCAUCACUUCCGCGUUCCGUUUUGGAUUCUCUGCUGAAUGGAAUGUGCCUGAGCUUUCAUCAAAGGCUCAGGUCGUUAAUUCUUCGUCGGGAGGGCGAUUCCGGAAGAUGAGCUUUAUCAGCUUGGCCGAGUGCAGAUCCCGACAUUCCUUUCCCACAUUUCCAGCAUAAAUCAGAAGGAUUUUUAAUCCUGAAAAUUGGAAGAGCAUAUCCUACUGUGACCUUGAUGUUUCUCUUUCAGGCUUCCACACUUGGCAGCUGACGUACGGCUGUGAGGUUGGUGAAGAUGGCCGCAGAGGAGGCUAUUCCCAAUAUGGCUAUGACGGGGAAGACUUCCUCAGCUUUGACAAGGAGACCCUCACCUGGACAGCGACGGAUGUUCCGGCCCAGUUUACCAAGAGGAAGUGGGAGAUUGACUUGGCCUGGUCUCAACGCCUCAAGCUCUACCUGGAAAAGGAGUGCCCUGAGUGGAUGCCAAAACUCUUGGAGUGUGGAAAGGAGGUUUUUCUGAGGAAAGGUGCAGAUGGGAAAGCAGACUUAACUGUCAGCUCUCUUUGUGGAAUGGAAGUUGUUGGACCCACAACUUACAUCAACCCUGGUCGACAUGACCAAUAGUCAAGGGUGAGGGCAGUUGUAGUGUGGCAACAUCUGCAGGGCCACGAGUUCCCUGAACUAGGUCCACCACCAUCCUGUUUUCCACCAGUGAUGGUCCAUCUAACUCCCUAUUGUCUAAUCCAGGGGUAGGCAACCUAAGGCCCAGGGGCCAUAUCCAGCCCAAUUGCCUUCUAAUUCCAGCCCGCGGAUGGUCUGGGAAUCAGCGUGUCUCUACAUGAGUAGAAUGUGUCCUUUUAUUUAAAAUGCAUCUCUGGGUUAUUUGUGGGGCAUAGGAAUUCAUUCAUUUCCCCCCCAAAAAAUAUAGUCUGACCCCCAACAACAUCUGAGGGACAGUGGACCGGCUCCCUGCUAAAAAAAUUUGCUGACCCCUGGUCUAAGCCAUGGGUAGGCAAACUAAAGCCCGGUGGCGGGAUCUGGCCCAAUGGCCUUCUAAAUCCAGCCCACGGAUGGUCUGGGAAUUACAUGAGUAGAACAUGCCCUUUUAUUUAAAAUGCAUCUCUGGGUUAUUUGUGGGGCAUAGGAAUUCGUUCAUCCCCCUCCCCCCAAAAAAUAUAGUCUGGCUCCCCACAAGGUCUGAGGGACAGUGGACCGGCCCCCUGCUGAAAAAGUUUGCUGACCCCUGGUCUAAGCCGAGGUUUGCCAGCCUUUGGGGACCAAUGGGCACAUUAGGAAUUUAGAAGUAGUAGUUUGGUGUCAGUCACAAAAUGGCUACCAUGGGAUGUGUGGCAUAACCCAGAAUGGAGCCCUUUCACGGGCACUAUCUGAGAUAUUGGCAGGCACACUAAGUUUCCACAAACACUGCACUGGCAACGCCUGAUCAACACUGACUGGCAGUGACUUUCCAGAGUUUCAGGCAGGGGACACGGAACCAGGGAUCUUCUGCAUGCAGUAAGUGGAAGUAUCAGGAACUCUGGGGUGGUUUAAGAUUAACAUUGCUCCUAACAGAUAAGUCAACUGGUUCAGAGAGAUCUGACUCCAGUUCUGCUAUGGAGACCCAGUGAUGCUCUUCCCUGAAGCCCUAAGAAGGCUCACUAUGCAAGGUGCAGAAAUGCCAAUUACUGCCUUUUGUCGCAACGGAAUCCCAUUCUCAGGAGCUCCUAAUCUCUUGGGGAUCCUUCAGCUGGUGGGAUAUUUUGCUAACUUAUUUCAACACAACUAGAAAACCUCAGGUCCAGGACACCCGAAUGUGUCCUUCCAAGACUUUACACCCACUUAGUAUUUUUGCUUGGCUAGAAUGUGUCCUGAUAAUUCCUGUUCCUGAACACCCACUUUCUAUAUACCUGUGAAUGUCAAAUUUACAUUAAGUGCUCCACCCACUUUAAAGGAGCGCAUCCAUCCUCUCAGUGGCUGGAAGGGUGCUGAUAGAUGUGUUUUAGCAACAACCUUGUCCUUUUCGCAGAGCCUCCGACGGUGAAAGUUACACGCAUGGCAGGUUAUGAUGGGCUGGAAACCCUUAUCUGCCAGGCCUACAGAUUCUAUCCCAGAGAGAUCAACGCCAAGUGGAUGAAGGAUGGGGAGGUCUGGGAGCAGGACACCUUCCGCAGGGAUGUGGUCCCCAACUCAGAUGGGACCUAUUACGCCUGGCUCAGCAUCAAGGUUGACCCCAAGGAUAGGGACCACUUCCGGUGCCAUGUGGAACAUGAUGGACUUCCGGAGCCUCUGGACUUGGCCUGGGAGGAGCCUGGUGAGGAGGGGAGGAAGGCUGGCUGUGGUGACUAGUUGCCCCAGUGGGAAGUCCAAGCAGGACCUGAACAAAGCAGCAUUCUCCUCGCCUCCAAUUUCCAGCUGCUAGUAUCGUUCAUGGGCAUACUGCCUUCAACUGUGGUGGCAGAGCGUAGCCGUUGUGGCUCGUAGGCAUUGAUAGCGUUCUCCUCCAUGAAUUUGUCUUUUAAAGCCAUCCACAUUGGUGGCCCUCACUGCCUUUCGAUGGGGGGCAAAUUCUAUAGUUCUACUAUAUAUUGCAUGAAGAAGUAUUUUUUGUUGGGGUUCCCAUUAAUCAUCCUCUCUUUUGCCCCAUUUCAGCCUCAAAAGUAUUCUAUCUGUGGAUCAUCUUGGUGCCUGGGGCUGUUCUUAUGGUGUUGAUGGUAGCAGGGAUCACACUAUACAUCAGUGAGUAUAAACUGUGAAUUCAUACGCAGGGAGGGAGGAGAUCAUACUGUUUUAGACUUUGAGGAUGAGCUGAGGACUGGUGGACCAUCAAAAUCUGGUGGUACCCAUAAACAUCUCCCCUGAUGUGCCCAGAAACUAUGUGAAUGGUGUUUUAGUACCAAGACCAAAGAAAGUGGCCAUGGCUGCAUCCGCACAAGGACAGAUUUCCUGCAAGAUAAGCAAGAGAGCCAGUGUGGUGUAGUGGUUAAGAGUGAUAGAGUCGUAAUCUGGUGAACCGGGUUCGCGUCUCCUCCACAUGCGGCUGCUGGGUGACCUUGGGCCAGUCACACUUCUCUGAGGUCUCUCAGCCCCACUCACCUCACAGAGUGUUUGUUGUGGGGGAGGAAGGCAAGGAGAAUGUUAGCCACUUUGAGAUUCCUUUGAUUAGUGAUAAAUCGGGAUAUCAAAUCCAAACUCUUCUUCUUCUUGAAAGGCGCUAGAGGCUGCUAAAAACUGAUGGAGCCUGUGCUGGGGAGGGUUUAGUGUUGCCAAGCCUCAGGGAGGCCAAGUGGAGUGGGAUUGGGUUGGGUUGGGUUGGGUGGGGGUCUCUUCCACUUCCAAUGAUCUGCUUCUGCUUCUUCAGGAAACCAGCGAGAGGGUGGCUCCAGAGCAACUUCAGGUGAGUGAUGCCCUCUUUGCUUCCUCUGUUACCCCCUGGUAGAGUUUCAGGGUCUGCCUGAAGGCCAUAUACAGGAUCAGGAAGGAAAAUAUGUGACUCCAUUUCCUUGUAUGAGUCCUCAUUUGGAGCCCUGCAAUUCUCCCUCCAUUACACACCUUCUCCUUCAUUGUAGCGCCCCUUGUAUGUGACUUGAGCUGUGGUGGGGUGAUGCAGAUGUUCAGUUGGCCCUGCCUCAGAAGAAUAGGCUAGACUUGAUGGCUCCUUAGAUCCUUCCAGUUCCUAAGGUCUCCAUGCUGACAAUUCCACCGUGCCAGCUUAACAACAGUCUUUCAUUUACAUUUCUGCAGCAAGAUAUUCUGCUGGUGUGCCAGAGAGCUGAGGAAGGUACCCCAAAGCCUGAUGUGAAUCUUCAGUGCUCCUCCAGAGCUUUUGCCUGCAAAUUAUACAAGCUUCAUAAGGACACAGGAAACUGAAUCAGAGCUUUGGUCCAUCGAACUUUAAGUACUGUCUGCAGUGACUGGUUGCCAUGCCUAGAGAUGCUGAGGAUUGAUGCUGGAACCUUCUGCAUGCCAAGUAGAUGCUCUACCUCUGAAGUUUACAUUUGCAGUGAAAAUCAAAAAGAGAUGGAAUGGUGAAGGUCCAUUGUGGGUUGAAUACUCUUUUGCCACAUGCAAGGGUUCAGUGGCAAUCACAACACAAGUGGAGGGAAGUUCAAUGUUUUCAUUUAAUAGACAGCAUACACAAAAAGUCUUUUAGCAAAAUUACAGAGCAUGAACCGAACUUCCCCAUUCAGUUAUUGGGAACUCCAGGGAUCGAUAAUGGAGAGACUUAGAGCUUCUUUUAGCCGGAACUCAAUUCCGGCAUGUCUCAGGUAAGCACCAAAUUAAGCCAAAAUCCCUUGCUAAUCGCCGAAGUGCCAGUAAGAUAGGAAAAAUAAUACAAACCACUGUCUAUUUCUUAGAGAUACAAAAGUCUUCCAUGUAGGUUUCCCCUAUAAAUAGUUUCAAAAGAGAAAUUUUGGGGAGCCACUUUAAGGAUCACAUUCCUUUAAGGAUCCCAUUCUUCCUUAUGUGCACACUCCACCACUUCAAACUGUGGAACUGAUACUGUAAUCCCAUAGAAUGUCCAUUGAUGUUUUAGCAUGGAAUGUUCCAUGGCAUGGAAUUGAUAUUUUAGCAUGGCAGCACCUAACUUCUGAACAAUUUAUAGACAAAGCCAUCUGGAAAGGUCAUUUUAUUGUAUAUAUUUGUUCUUAAACUCUGCACAUUUUUUCUUUGAUAACCUUAUUAGCACUACUCUUUUUGAAAAUCGGUUUUAUUGGUAUUUUCAUAUAACUAUAAUAUUUUAUAUAACUAUUUUAUAAUAUUAUAUAACUAUUUUAUAAUAUUAUAUAACUAUUUUAUAAUGUUUUAACAGUUUAUAUUUUUAUUACAUUCAUUUUCUUAAAAAACCAAAUAAAACAACCUAACUGACAUACUUCAAAUCAGCCAAAUUGAGGGGAAUUACAAAAAUCUGAAAAGUUGGUAAUUAUAGACAGGAAUUUAUUUAUCAUCCUCUUAAGAUAUAUAGAAGUAAAAUAUAAGCGCAAAAUGGAACCAGUCAAAGAAUUAAUGAUAAAAUGGCACUUUUCUCCAAGCAAGAAUAUAGAGAGAAUUGUUCUAAAGUGAUUGUCAUCCGGUGUAUGAGUCCUGUGAUCAUAAGCAGGUCAUGAACAAUUACAGUCUCCUUACGGCACAAGGAAAUUACCACUUUUCUUUGGGUAGUACCACAAUUGCUCACAGCAAAAGAAAAAAAAGGCAUACCUUUAUAAAGUAUUCAAAUGAACACCCUUAUUACUGGCAUGCAUCAACUGUGCGUUUAUCAGGAAGCUGAUAACUUUGGGGACACAUUGGUCUCUGUUCUUGUUUGGAUGCUGAUCUUCUGUAUCGGGAAGUUUUUAAUGUUUCAUGUUUUAUUAUGUUGUUGAUGAUGAUAAUGUAUGGAAGAAAUUGUUGUAUUAGUCUUCUGCUCCGCGAGAGGUACAGAACCAAUUGUUUU